GUUAGGUAUCGGUUCACAUUCUAGCAAGUUCUUAUCAGAUCAUCAGCAGGUCACACACAUACAAAAUAAAUGGUGGUUUUAGUGGUUGAUCAUGAGAUAUUGUAGAUAUCUGUUUAGCGUCCGUUGCCCUUAUGAAAUACUUGAUGAUGUUCAUAUGAUAUAAUACUUUAACUAUACUUGAUAAUGGACCUUUUGAAUUCUCCUGUCUCAGAAGUAUGGAAGGCCACAAAAAGAGUGUUUACACUUACCGAUGCUGUCGAUGACCGAAAAUCUAAGCCUACGGCAGCGGAUAGUGAAAGAGGAGCGGACGGUCGAAGUGGAAUACGCUCGCGAUCAGUGACAGGUAACAACAAAACCAAAGGGCCUAAGGCUAAGAGUUCAGCACAUUCAACUUCUAGCUUAAAUAGACAAGGUAAGACACGUACUCUAACUGGCAAAGACCUGCAAUCUGUGACUACUUCUGGAACAUUUGCUUCAGGGAAUUAUAAUAUUAAUGAUUCUGAUAACUUGGCUGAUGAUUAUGAUUUUGAUAAUGAUUUUUUCACAAGUCAAAGAAGUUCAGUUUCAGCGAAUAGGUACCAUACACUAGAUCCUAAAAUGAAUUCACUGAUGAGGAGCAGGUACUCGAAUGAUGUAGAUACUGAACGUUUUAGACAAAUGGAGGCGAGUCAGAGGUCUCUGCCUGCUUCCGAUACGUCUGCUCGAAGUAGAGCACCCAGGACGUCAAACUCACGUGUACGAACACGUAGCAAAUCAAGUGAUAGGGUGUAUGGUCGUAUCGAUCAGGAGCCAAUGUACUUGCGAAGACGAUCGUUAUCUAUUGAUGAGGAAUUACAGGAAGAACAAGGAGAAAAGAUGAAAUCAAAAUUAUUGACGAUGUGGAACAAUGUAAAAUAUGGAUGGACAGUGAAGGUGAAGACUACAUUUAAUUAUCAGAAACCUGUCUGGUUUCUAGGAUCCUGCUACCAUCAGCGACCUGAAGGUAUAAAUAAUACAAUACUGAUAGUUCCUGGUAUAUAUGCCCACCUAUUAGAGGUGUAUAAGUCAAAUUUUAUCUACACUCCCCAAAGGAGCGAAGCUCCGGUGGAGGCUGUUGUUUUUGUGCAUGUUCUUUUUCAUGCUGUUGUCGUCAUCGUCCUCGUCCUCGUUGUCGUUGUCCUUGUUGGUAAAUUGUUCUUUCCCACGAUAAGUAAAGUCCAAGAGGCAGUGGAUGCGGCACCAGAUUUGCACCCACUCCUUGAACAAAUAUGCAUAUAUGUAGGGCAAGAUUGUACAAUUUACAAACAAGAUGUGAUAGAUAUUUGUACCAGUAGGCAGACAUCGUCUCUACAACCAGUCUAUAAAGUACCAACAACGUAUAAUGACUCAACAAAAGUUGAUGAUAGUAACGGACACUACACUAACCCAGCCAGUACUAAUAGCUCACACCACCUGGACAAAAGAAAAUACACAAAUUAUAAUGAUAAUAGUGUGUAUAAAAAAAACAAUGAAAUGUACAAAGUACAGAACCUCAGUGCAAAUUUGUCUGAUAUAGGUAAUCAGAGACGGAAAGUCUCUGCCGGUCAAAUUGACCAUCAUCAUUCAGAUCCAAGGAGGGGUGCUGCAAGUAGCCAAGGACAGAAUGGUGCACAGUCUAGUAGUAAUGCAGAGAUAAAUAACCCAGGUACAAGUAAUGGUAGAGCAAAGCGGCAUAGUAGUGGAGACUUGGAAUGCGACAGUGCCCCAGGGACAAGCAAAGCCACGGAGGAUUCCCCUUGGACAGCCGUUGUAAUAUUGAUCCCAGUUAGACUUGGCGGUGAGGUUGUGAAUCCUAUAUACUUACGGGGGAUACAGUCGCUGUUUACAAUGGAGAACUGCCUUGGAAUCAUUGGUGGUAAACCAAAACAUUCCCUGUACUUUGUUGGAUUUCAAGAGGAGAAAUUAAUUCAUCUGGACCCACAUUUCUGCCAAGGAAUGGUGGACAUGAGAAACCAUCAAUUCCCACUUCAUUCGUUUCACUGCAUGUCACCUCGCAAGAUGUCUAUAAGCAAGAUGGAUCCCAGCUGUACUAUAGGUUUCUAUUGCAGAACGCGUCGUGACUUUGAGGAAUUCUGUCGAGUUAUUCCAGAGGUCGUCACGCCUCCAAAGCAUGAAGGCGAUUACCCUAUGUUCAUUGUUCGAGACGGCCGAUGCGAGGAAUGGAAUGCCAAAGCUAGAGAGGUGACAAAUAAACCAGAAAGAUACCUGCGAGUACGCCAUGUGGACGAAAAUGGAAGAAUAAUUUCGCCUGUCCGGGAAUCUGAGGACUUUGUGUUUCUGGAGACUUAACCUGUCUAGAUUUGCAAGUCAUUUCUAAUUCUCUACAGUGUUCUUAACUUUGUCGGUACCUUCGUUAUAUACCAUGUAAUAACGGUUUGAUAAUAGUAACCCAGGCACCUACUCAUUAUAAUAAUAAUAAUUAUUCAAUUAUCUAUACUUUAUUUUUUAAUUUAUGGAAAUAAAACUGCAAUAUAAUUUAUUUUUGUGAUACACUACCAUUUUGUUUAUGUAAUGUUUGAUUAACUGGUGUUUUAUUUGAUGUUUUAUUGAAAUGUUCUCUUUUUAAACACCGAUAUUUAUCUUAAGGAAUAAUAUUCAAUAUUCGAAUCGCUUAUUUAUUAGUGGAUUUUAAGCUUUCAGAAAACAUGAAAAUGUUUUCAUCACCAGUAUACAUACAUAUACAGAAAAAUUGUGCCAUGUACCUAAUAAAACAUAAAGAUGGAAAACUUGUGGAGUGGAUAAUAAUGAUGAUAUGAUAGGAUAAAAAAAAUUUAUUUUAUCUGGAUGUAUUUGAUUUUCGCUGACUAGUUUUCUCUGUUGCUUUAUUAUAAUCUCUGUCCAGAUUAAUAAAUAUUUUUUGACAAAGAAACUUGUAUGCCCAUAUAUAGUCAUGAUGUGCCUAUAUAUGGCCAUGAUGUGAUGUCAUCAUGACCAUACUUAGGCAUGCUACAUGAUAGUCUGAACAGGGCUUUAAGUAAUAUGUUGACACUGCCAUUACUUGCAUCAACUAAUUUAACUAUAACAAUUUUUAUUUUAGAAAACUAAGAAUAAAGUGAUCAAUAAAGUAUAUAAAUAUAUCUCUUUAACAAAUAUUUUAAAUAUAAUAAAAUGUACAAAAAAUAUGGUAUUUCUGUGAUAUCCUUUGGAUUUCCAUAUAGCAAUGAUGUAGCUACCCGAUACCCCAAUUACAGUCGGUUCCUGGUAGGUACAAACACCAUGGCGGUGAUUACUUGACUGUGGCAAUUAGAGGAUAUGAAGCGCAAUUAGAAGAAGGGGGGGUGGGGAAGCCCCACAUUGCCUGUACAAAAAGGACAUGGCAUUCUUCUAAGAGUAGAAAGACCAGUAGAAUACACCAAAACCUAGCAAGUUAGAAAAUGUAUUUCUUUAACUCAUAAGUGUCCUAUGUGAACUCACUUGUUUUAUGCAAUAUCAAUUCCUGGGGAAGCCCCACAUUACCUGUACAAAAAAGACAUGGCAUUCGUCUAAAAGUAGAAACACCAGUAGAAUACACCAAAACCUAGCAAGUUAGAAAAUGUAUUUCUUUAACUCAUAAGUGUCCUAUGUGAACUCACUUGUACAAUAUCAAUUCCUGACCCAAAGGUGUUUCAUAGGCAGGUUCCACUACAGCACAAACUGAAAUUUAAAUAGUCCAAAAUAAAUAUUAAAAAAAAAAAACAAACUAGGCUGCAUGAAUAGGCCUACAAAUCAAAGUUAAGGUAAAAUAAAUGUUACGGUAAAAUAAAUGUUACGGUGAAAAGUCCUCUUUCUAUCACAUUCGUGAUGGAUUGCCAAGAUGCAUGGGGCCACAACACUUUCUCGCCCUGGGGCCCUGUGACUUGUUGUUAUGCCACAGGCUAUAGAAGACUGACAUUACUACUAUUAUUAUAUUAUUAUAUAUUUAUUGAAUGUUAUAUACUUGGUUGUUUGUCUUACCAUAGAUUUUAAGUGCUCAGUGAGGCUAUACCAUUUGUAUUCUAUUUUCCUCUUUGGAUUUCUUCAUGUGCCUAAUGUAAAUACUGUACCAUUCUUGAUUAAAAUACGUUUGAUGUUAACUGCUUAAUUGGA